CAACAAAAAAAGAAGAAGAAGAAGAAGAACAUAAAUUAAAAAACAGUGAGAGUGGGAUUCAUGUGCCAAUGCACUGUUUUCUGAUAACCUAUAGUUCGAAAUAAGAUUAAAAUGUCUCAUUUUCGUUUCUCUCAGCACUGACGGAUGUGGUUAAGCUGAAUCGCUGUCUCUAUUUUGAUAGCUGUCUGUGGUUAUUACGCGUCCUUUUACUACGAGCCGAGAAAGGCAGAAAACAGGUCGGUUUUAGCCCAACUUCCUGCGUUUCUUUAUGCUGUUCACAAGGUUCAUUGUUAGAAGAAUGUCCUCAACUAUUCACCGUCACAUCAUCUGGGAGUCAGACGGGCUGGUGGCCUACCUUCACCCCCGGCCCUGGACCCCUGGCUCUGUUAUCCUGGAGCGCAGCACCCCUGGCAGCCUGGGAGGCAGCAUCUUCCACCUGGAGAAGCAGGAGUACUUAUCCUGGCUGUUGGGGGCGAGAGCCGUUGCAGAGCUGCUGUGUGACAGGCUGGCAGUUCGGAGGUGUGCGCUGCUGAGCAGACCCCACAGAGACAGACCUGCCCAGAUCCGUGUCCUCCCUCUACAUGGUCUGGAUGCAGAGUGGCACCCUCACCUAGCAGGAAAAGAGGAGCACAAUGCCCACGACCCGGGGUACUGCACCUCCAAGACCGCUCCCCGAUGGAGUGACUGCAGCCUGACUGAAAUCCAAGCCAAGAUUCGAGCCAAGCUCCCGUUACCUGACGCCCCGCCCAAUCCGACUUUCCUCGGAGACGAUCCGGCUCACCCUGGGUUGUUUUCGCGCAUCGUUCGUGGGGAGGAGCAGCAGUGGCGGGUGUGGGAGGACGAGGGUCAUGUGGCCUUUCUCACGCCAUUCCCCAACUCCCCUGGCUUUUCUGUGCUGGUCCCACGCCGACCUUUGACCUCGGAUAUAUUCAGACUAGAAAAAGGGGACUAUGAGGGCCUGGUGCUGGCAGCCUGGAAAGUGUCGAGGCUUCUUGAGGAGGGGUUGGGCGCCUGGGGGGUGGGGCUUAUUUUUGAGGGGUUUGAGAUUGACUAUGCUCACGCCAAGUUGAUACCGCUGUCUCUACCUUCAUCAUCAUGGACAGGAGAUGACACCACUAAACCAUCACCUCCUCAGUUUCACCCCACUUAUCCUGGAUAUGUGACCUCAGAAGAUGGACCUGAAGCCAGCCUGGAAAGUCUGAAGGAACUACACAUCAAAAUUACACAGAUUUAAUGCUGUUACUUAUAGUUUGAUUCCUACUUGUGUGCUUAACUCCUAAUAGUUACUUUUAGCUGUGAAAGGAGCUCUCUGCCUUAGGAAUUAACAAGGAGUGUGUAAAAUAACAGAAGCACCUUAAGUUCCUGCUGCAAAUGCUGCAGGCAGAAAUGGUGUGGGGGAAGAAUUUUCAUUGAAUACUGGGGGUGUUGUAAAAAUAGUUGGAAACUGGUAGAAAUUAACUGUAAGCAGCAAAAUGGAAUUUUCAUAGCCAACAUGACAUGAUAUAUUAAAUGAAGUACAGCUGAUGUUUUGUAAGAGACUAUCUCCUUUCUGUCUGGCUCAAAAUAUAAGAUACUAUUCCAUCAAAAAUAAGUGAUUCCUUACACAUUUAUACAUUUAUUUUGAAUUUAAUAUAUACCAAAUAAGACACAAUAGUUAAAUAUUAAGUCGGUUUUAUACAUUGAUAGUAUUUGUGUAAAAUUCUGUUUUUAUAAUAAAAAUAUGAAAUGCAAAGA